AUGUCCUGCCGCGUUCCUCUCGCCCCCAGCGCGCCCACACCGCCACCGCACCGACUAACCGCCCCCACCCUCUCCCCCCCACCCCGACCACCGUCACUACAGGCCGGCGCCGCGUGGCGCUCGUGGCACCUGUCCUAUAAGGCCGCCGUCGACGACUACUACAAGGAGUACGAAGCCAAGCAGAAGACCAAGCAAUGAUCACCGCACACGGCCCGCCAGGCGCGCACGCACCCCCUCCGCCUUGCGCACCCCCGUCCCGCGGUCAAAGCUCCGCGCCUCGCGGCCGUACCUCGCCAGCGGGAGCGUCGUCCCGGACUCGCGUUUGUGUGUUCUGUCGCGAGGCUGGCGCAUCUGCGAGGCUGAGGGGCUGUCCGGUCGCACGCGCUCGCGUAGUUGUAAAAGGCUGCUCUUGCUUUACUUUUCAUUCCUUUUAUAUCCUCUUUCUCUCUCUCCGCGUCUCUCGCUCUGCGUCUCUCGCUCCGUCUCCCUCGCCGUGUGCCCUACGCAUACGUGGGUACAGUGCCGCUGCGCCCCUUGCUCGUGGCAUCGUCAGUUGAAUAUUUAUCGGCCCCUCCUUCCCGUACGCACUUGCCUUUCUCCUUGUUCUAGACGCAACCGCCUGUCCAUUUGUGAGUUACCUAGCUAAUACAUAGACUACCAGUCAAUCAUAUUCCUA